UGCGUUGCCGGCACAGAGGACUGGCAAAGGGUGAACACUGAGAUCCCUGUGAAGUCUCCUCGCUUUGCAGUUUUUGAUUUGGCUGAAGGCAAAUCCUACUGCUUCCGAGUUCGCUGUUGCAAUUCAGCUGGAAUCGGUGAACCUUCAGAAGCAACUGAAGCCACUGUGGUGGAUGACAAACUUGAUAUUCCCAAAGCUCCUGGGCGUAUUAUGCCAACUAGGAAUACAGAUACCUCAGUUGUUGUCACUUGGACAGAGCCCCCAGAUGCCAAGGAGCUGGUUGGGUACUACAUUGAGUCAAGUGUAGUUGGAUCUGGUCGUUGGGAACCAUGCAACAACAAUCCAGUGAAAGGCACAAGAUUCAUUUGCCAUGGGCUUGUCACUGGUGAGAAGUACAUUUUCAGAGUCAGAGCUGUUAAUGCAGCAGGACUCAGUGAAUUUUCACAGGAUUCGGAGCCUAUAGAAGUGCAAGCAGCCAUUGCUGCUCCAUCUCCACCUUAUGACAUCAUGGUACUUGAGAGUGUUCGUGACUCGAUGGUAUUAGGAUGGAAACAACCUAAAGCCACUGGUGGAACUGAAAUUACCGGCUACUAUGUGAACUAUCGUGAAGUGGUUGAUGGAGUUCCUGGGAAAUGGAUGGAGGCCAACAUCAAGGCCAUUAGUGAGAGGGCAUACAGGAUUCAAAACCUGAAGGAAAACAUGGUGUACCAGUUCCAGGUGGCUGCUGCUAACCUGGCUGGAGUUGGGACACCCUCCCUACCCAGCCAGCCCUUCAAAUGUGAAGAGUGGACCAUUGCUGUACCUGGGCCACCCCAUGAUGUCACAUGCACAGAAGUUAGGAAGGACUCUUUGGUUUUACUAUGGAAGAAACCAGUUUAUACUGGUCGUAGUCCCAUAGCUGGUUAUUAUGUUGAUAUGAAGGAAGCUAAAGCAAAGGAGGAACAUUGGAGAAGUGUCAAUGAGAAACCACUUCAAAAGAAAUUCUUGAAGAUAGGUGGUCUAAAAGAAGGUAUGAGCUAUGUGUUUCGUGUGCGAGCAACAAACCAAGCUGGCGUUGGGAAACCAUCAGAUGUCACGGAACCUGUCGUAGCUGAAACACGACCAG